ACCGUUUCCAACCAUAUAUAUAUACACACACACACACACUCUGUUUAUACAUAAAGCAGAGCAAAACAAACAAAUCACAAUCAAUCUUAUAAUUACUUUGUUCAUUGCUAUCAAGUUGAGAUAUAAGCAUGAAUCGUUUCUGGACUUUGCUUGCUUACCUUCAUUCUCUGGCCGGGCCCGGGGUUAUGCUGCUCUAUCCAUUGUAUGCAUCAGUUGUGGCAAUUGAGAGCACAUCAAAAGUUGAUGAUGAGCAAUGGCUUGCUUAUUGGAUUUUGUAUUCCUUUCUCACUCUCAUGGAGAUGCUGCUCCUGCCUCUCUUGGAUUGGAUACCGAUUUGGUACGAUUUGAAGCUAGGAUUUGUGGCAUGGUUGGUUUUGCCUCAGUUUAGAGGGGCAGCUUUCAUCUAUGACAAAUUUGUUAGAGAAAAGCUCAUCAAAAAAUAUGGAAGAGGCCUAAUUAGUCAGCCAAAAAAGGGAGAGAAGGAAGCUUACUAGUGAAGAAGAUGAAAUGAAGGAGACGAAGCAACUUACUUGAUGUUAAUUUUCAUCUUUUUUCUUUUUCUUCUUAAUUAGGAGUUGAUGUAUUGUAUUGUAUUGUAUUGUGUGGGUACUGAAGGGAACCUAACUCUCACUUUUUCUUGGUGCAUUGCAAAAUAUGGGUGAGGAAUAACUUUUAUUUGGUUCAUUGUAGAAUGCAGUCUCUGUUUAAAUUCUA